GCUCCGCCCCGCUCCUCCGGGCGGGAAAGGCAGGGCCGCGGCGGGCGCCGAGAAGCGGCGCGGGUGCUUUCUGGCGGCGCCAUGCCGGCCGAGGGGGAGCCGCCGAGCGGCGAGCUGGGCGAGCUGCAGUACCUGCGGCAGGUGCGGCACAUCCUGCAGCACGGGCACCGGAAGGAGGAUCGCACCGGCACAGGCACCGUCUCCGUGUUCGGCAUGCAGGCGCGCUACUGCCUCCGAGAUCAGUUUCCACUGCUGACAACAAAGAGAGUAUUCUGGAAAGGAGUGCUGGAGGAGCUGCUGUGGUUUAUCAAGGGUUCGACAAAUGCCAAAGAACUCUCUGCAAAGGGUGUGAAGAUUUGGGAUGCCAAUGGGUCACGUGAAUUCCUGGAUAAGCAGGGCUUCUAUGACAGAGAAGAGGGAGACUUGGGACCUGUUUAUGGUUUCCAGUGGAGGCACUUUGGGGCAGAGUACAAAGAUAUGCACACAGAUUACUCCAACCAAGGAGUUGAUCAGUUGCAAAACGUGAUUGAAAUGAUCCGAAACAAUCCAGAUGACAGAAGAAUCAUUAUGUGUGCUUGGAAUCCAAAAGAUAUUUCCCUGAUGGCUUUGCCUCCUUGUCAUGCUCUUUGUCAGUUCUAUGUUCUAAAUGGUGAAUUGUCCUGUCAGCUGUAUCAGAGGUCUGGAGAUAUGGGACUAGGAGUGCCCUUCAAUAUUGCCAGCUAUUCACUGCUCACAUACAUGAUAGCCCAUGUCACAGGACUAAAGCCUGGAGAGUUCAUACACACAUUAGGAGAUGCUCACAUAUAUCUGAAUCAUGUGGAACCUCUAAAAGUGCAACUUCAGAGGGAACCAAGACCUUUCCCUAAACUCAGAAUUCUUCGUAAGAUUGAAGACAUCACUAACUUUACGGCAGAAGACUUUCGAAUUGAAGAUUAUAAUCCCCAUCCGUCUAUUAAAAUGGAGAUGGCUGUUUAAUACUAUAAAACUACUUCUAUUAACAUGGAAAACUAGCUAGGCUAUCUGGCUUUCACAGUACUUCAAGUUACUCUUUUCUUUAAGAGAAAACCUUAGUUAAUUUAUAUGGAGAAGAUCCUGUUCUAGAAAGCAGCUACUUAAAAAGAAACAAAUUUUAUUCUUGAAAAAGUAGAUACUAAUAGAGUGAUGUUGCCUUUGUAUCAGGCUGUCAUGCAGAACUGAUUUUUAGGCUUGGAAAAUGGUGCUGUUUUUUUCCAUCCGCAACAAAGCAGGGCAGACUUUAGCUUCUGUGUUUUGGAAGGUGAGUUUUGAUUUAUUCCUAUUUUGUAGGCAGUACAUAUACUAUACAGAUUCUAACAUAGUUUUAAAUUGUUAAUGAGAUAAUUUCCUACACCUUGCAUUAGUUAGUAGUGGCUGCUUCAGUUACUACCUUAUGGAAAUGCAAACUUUUUCUUUGUAGUACUUGUUUACAUGCUAUAUUUUGUACUGAAAAUAAGAAAGUUUAUGUAUAAUAGAGGACUUCUUCGAGGUUGAAAAGCUCUUUGAAAUGCAUAUACUGUUUAAUAAAACUUUUUAAAAAAUGUCCUUUGAAA